AUGCCUCACUUCCUUUUGGCCGACUUAUUUGUAAAAUUGCUCGCCACUUUAGUUUUAGACUCCAUAUGGGUGACAUUGCCCCGAUUCAUAUCAUCAGUGACACUACACUCAACAAUAGGCCCCAGGCAACGCCAAGUAAGGCUUGAUGAAUAUGGGGAUGAGAUUGAGGAGGAGAGUGAGGAGGAAGGCAGUGGCGAGGAGAACACCGAGGAAGGAAGUGAUGAGGAAGAGCAGGAAGAGGAAGAAGGGGAGGCCCAAGAUCUACAUAAGGAGCCUCCUACUGCUACACAUGAAGACCACCAUGAUAGGGCCGCCUUGGAAGCCCGCCUAGCUCAAAUUGAAGAGAAUCAGGCCACUCUGAGUCAGGAAAUCAAGGAUACCCAGGCCGAAUUGAAGCAAAAGCUUGAAGAGAUCGAAACUGCUGCCUCUGCUGCUGCGGCCUCGAAGGCUGGGGCUGAUGAUGCUACUGAGGGGGCCUCGGUGGUAGGGGUUGUUGUCAUUGCUGCUAUGGUGGAAGCUGCUAUGGUGGAGGCUGUUGUAGACCUCUCUGUUAUUGCUGCUGCUGUGGGCGGGGACACUCCUAUAUAUGGUGCCCCGUCGCACCGCACUCAAAACAUGUGCCGGUGA